AUGCCACCGACAAGAAAGGUGUCUGGCGGCCGCCAGGCAACGCUCAGCUUCAACCACCGGGUGACCAAGCCCUCAGUGCAACGGCAGUCGGCUAAGGAAGCCGCACUUCUGACAGACAAGGCCAAAGAGAAAGAGGCCAAGGAGACCAAAGAGGUCAAGGAAGCCAAGGAAGAGAAACAGAAGGACGAGGAGGAGGUGGUUGAAGCCAAGAAGGCCAAUCGCGAAGUUGCGGCCGAAGAUGAGGGUGUCCCGGGCGCCGAGGACGAGGAAAACGACGAAGAACCAGCGGCCAAGGUUAUCGAGCCGGCUGUUGUUAUCCGUCCCGAAGCAGAGAUUAAGGCCGAUGCCGUCUCGGAUGCGCAAGUCCGUCGGUACUGGCGGGCCAUUGAGGCGGAAGGCACCGCUCGCCGGGUGCACCAAGAGGGUCUUGAUCUGAGCGAGAAGGUACUGCGGCACUUUGACGUUAGUUCACACUUUGGACCGUGCGUGGGUAUCACACGGAAGUCACGAUGGCUGCGGGCACAGCGCCUUGGCCUUUCCCCACCCAUCGAGGUGCUGGCCGUGAUGCUGAAGGAGGAAGCCAAGGGCGUCGAGGGCAUCCAGCGGUCGUCAUUUGACGACAUUCUGAAUGCUCCCAUGGCAGCAUAG